AUGCCUCGCCUUUGCUUCAAACGGCUGGACUCUUCUGCAGGCUCUGUGUCCUCCAAUGGCUUGGCAUCAAGGAAACGGCAGAAGAUUGAAACCCUACCGGAGUCCAAAACUGUGACCACGUUUGCUUCAAUGAUUGGUCGUGGUCGUUGCAGCAUUGAUGCAGCUGCUGAACUGGCCAGGGAUAUAGUACAUGACCAUGACGUAGCACCACAUCCAGCCAUCAAGUCCUUUGCCAGUCUUGGCAACGAGGGGCAAAGCCGUUCAAAUCAAGAGCGGGAUUUGCACCGGUGGAUGAAAAACCGUUGCGCCGUUGGGGCUUUUCACUGCAGGGUUAUACAAUUUCACUGGAUCUUCAGGUGGAUGGCAAACGCAAAGCGCCUCGUUCUGUUCCCGUGA